AUGGACAAGUCGGCAAUCAUCCAUAUCUGGAAGGACGAAUGGACUGAAACGAUAAAGACAAUCACAGCCCAGGGAUAUCCAGUACUGCUGUCCAGCUGUUGGUACCUCAACUAUAUCCGGUAUGGCAUCGACUGGGAGACCUUCUAUCGCUGCGACCCGAGCAACUUUGAAGGUGAGCCAGAAAGGAAUAGAAGGAGCCCUUUUAUGAGCCAACUAACGGACACCAAUCCGUCUCAUGUCGCAUUCAUACCUUCCACCCAGUUGCCACUUCAUGUUCGCCUAAAUGUCUCAGUCCGCCAAACACAGUCGCUACAAUGCGAUGAUGUGGCUGGCAGAUCAGGCCAACUCAGAACGAUGGAAGAAGCAGCAGCCGUUGGACCAAAUGUCGCGUCCACUCGGCUCGAGCAUGAACAAAACGCCCUUUUAACUACAUUCUUCCUCUAUUUUCAAACCAUACACGAUUGCCUUUUAAUUUUAAUAGGAACUGCGGAGCAGAAAGCCUUGGUCCGGGGCGGCGAGGCGGCAAUGUGGGGCGAAUACGUGGACGGCACAAACAUAAUUCCUCGUUCUUGGUAG